UUGUGUUGUUGUGGUUUGGACUGACAGUUGAAACUGAAUGAGGAAAGGAAGACAGUUUGUGUCAUAUCUGAAUGGAUUCUCCCUUAAACUUGGCUCACCAGCAAGCCAGAAAAGCUGACCAUGUUAUGAAGACGGGAAAGUUUGAGGAUGCCAUAUACUGUCAUAAAAGAGCAUCAGAGCAUAUCCUGGAUGCCAUGCAGCUCACUGCAUCCACCCAUGCCUUGGAAUCUCUGCGACUUCAGCAUCAGUAUCACAUCAAACAGCAGGACUUCAUCCGAGGGCGACAGCGUCGUGCCGAAGUGGCCCAACUCCAAGGGGCCAAUCAGAGAUCAGCCGAGGUCAGGGAAAAGAGUUCUCCACUGACCAGUCAGACCUUACGAGCGGAGGACCAUGUUGAUGGUGUGAAAGCGACGUCCAGCACUCCGGAGCAGUUGGCUGAGGAACGGGUUCUGUCAGAUGCUGAUAAUUAUCUCGCCUAUCGCACGAUGGCUGAAACAGAUUCAUUACUGCAAUACUUGGCAAAUCGACACUAUGGCAACUCUUCUCUGAAAGAUCUGAACAAGCACAAGGAAAAUUCUCCGCGACAGAAAACGAUGGAUGAAAUCAUAGCAGAAGCAGUGAAAUCUCCUAAAGAAGAAAAAACCAUAAUAGAAGAGUUGCGCAUUCACAACGAAGAGCUCCGAAAACAUAUAUCGUUGUUACUGAAGGAAUUAGAAACUUGUGAAGCCGAGAAGUCCCAGUUGGCACACAGGCUAGAGCAGUAUGAACACGCCCAGGCUCUGUAUCUUGAUAACGUGGACACGGAAGACUUCAAUCUUCCAUCUCUAGAUUUACCUCCCUUGGAAAUGCCUCAUUUUGACUUUGACACAGUCAAAGAUGAGCUUUCCAACAGUGUAGAGAAAUCCGACUCUCAACUGGUCACGCCUGGAACUAUUUCUACACAAACACCAUAGUCUUAUGUACUUUUCCUUUGUUUGGAAUGAUUUCAGGCUAAUUGGGGAGUUUUGAGAUUGAAGGCUAAUUGGGAUGGUUUGAGAUCAAAAUCAUUUGUUACUAAGGUUAAAACAAAGUCUUACUGUAUCAUGUCACUUGUCAAAAACGUUAGGCGAGUUUUGCUUAUGUUAAUUUACUGAUCAGUUGUCUCGCUACUUUCAAGAUGCCCUUGUUGUACAUGUAGCAGAUGCAAUCAAAUUUAGUUGCCUGACAUUUGUGACGGGUAACUUGGUACAACAGGACUCUUUUGUUUCCUUUAGUGAUAAAUGAGUUCAAACUCUAUCAUAUAACUUACACAAGUGUGUUUAACUGUUCAUCGGUAUAUAUUACUUGUGAUGUUACUAAUCAAAUGGUUAAUCCAUAGAUUAGAAAAGUGCAAGACUCACCUACAAGAAUGUUCAAGCAUAUUGCAGAAUGGAUUUGUGCUUGACCAACCCUUCAUAGGAGUGAACAUUUGCUGAAAUCCAGCUAUACCAUUCCAAACAAGGUAAAACUUAUAUGUCAAGUCUUUUUAAGAUCUUAAGAAAAUGCCAUGAUUUUAUUGAAUAUGUUUAAUAAUAGCAGAGAUAUUUUAUAAAAAUCUUACAACUGACAUUGCAAUAUGUUGAGUAAUAUUAAAGUAUAUAUCAUCAUGCCAAUAUUUAUUUUUGACCUAUGCGGAACUUCUAUCGCCCUAAUGAAACUCAUUUGUAAUGAUAUUUUAAGUUGAAAACGAUUAUUUUGAAGUGUUCUUUGUAUCUUGGACCUUCUAAUAAAAAUAUUUCAUGUUCAGGGAACAUUAAAAGGAGAACCACAUAUCUUCUGUGUUAUUUUAUCAAUGCAUGCCAAACUUAAAUAUUUGAUUGUCUUAUAAUGCUAACUCCAGAGCUUUUCAGUUGCUCAAUAGUCAGUUUUAUCGGUGGAGAAAAUCAGUGUGCCCUGGGAUAAACCACCAACAUUUGGCAAGUUACUGACAAGCCUCAUCUUAAAGGAUACAUGAAACAUUUGGUUUUUAUGUCUUAAAAUGUAGUUUAGGGUCCUACCAUAU